UAUGGCUGAAUCCAAAAACUCCUCUUAUUUUAAACCUUUUCUAUUUGGAGCCAUUUCUGGAUGCUCGGCUGCUGCUAUCAUAAUGCCUAUUGAUACUCUCAAAGUGAGGAUUUAAAUCUAGAGUGAAAACUUGGGUCUUGGAGUGGUCAGUCAUAAGAAGAAUAUUUUUUAAAUAAGUAGAGAGAUGCUCCAAAAAGAAGGGUUAAGAGGGUUUUAUUCAGGGUAGAGAGAAUUUUAAAUUUAGCCUUGGUUCGGCAUUAUUGAGACAAUUAACAUAUACAACAACUCGUCUUGGUAUAUUCAGGAUAAUCACUGAUAAGGUUAAGAAAUAAUAAUAACGUAUUGAAUUCCAAUAUAUAUCUAAGGUGAUUUGACUUUUUUUGAAAAAGUAGGAGCAUCUUCAUUUGCUGGAUUUAUUGGAGCUUUGGUAGGGAAUCCAACAGAUGUGUGUUUAAUUAGAUUUUAAGCAGAUUAAUCAUUGCCAAUUGAGGAAAGAAGGAAUUAUAAAAAUGCCUUUGAAGCCUUAACAAGAAUUUAUAGAGAAGAAGGACUUCUUGCUUUUUGGAAAGGAUCUAUGCCAACAGUAACAAGAGCUGUUGCAAUCACAAUUGGGUAAUUAACAACAUAUGAUUAACUCAAGUAAAUGAGUAUGCAAUUGAAAGAUUCAAAAAAUGAAACUGCAUUUGAUAGGAUUAUGUAAAUCUAAUGAUUAAACAUUUAGGGCAUCGUGUGGUGCAGGAAUAAUAUCCUCAAUUAUUUCUUUGCCUUUUGAUAAUGUAAAGACUAAACUUUAGAAGAUGAAAUCAUUACCAGAUGGUUCAAUGCCAUAUCAAGGAGUGAUAGAUUGUUUUAUGAAAAGUAUAAAAAGAGAAAAGUUUAUUGGAUUAUGGGUUGGAUUAUUUGUUUACUUUUCUAGAGUGGCACCUUAAUCAAUCAUGAUUUUAUUGAUAUAAGAUUUUCUCCAUCAUAAGUAUGGUAAGAAUUGA